GUUCUAGACUGGAGGAUGAGCCGACUCUCGGCUCAUCCGCCUUCUAUAGUGUACGUGACAUAAACUAUACAUAACCUAUAGAUUUUUACCCGUCUACACCACUCACUCGGAUGAGCCGAGAGUCGGCUCAUCCUCCAGUCUAGAACGGGCAUAAUCAACUUCGCGUCAAUCAACGCGAAGUUGCAUAGAAUUCCGUUAUACAGGACUAACACGACAUCCUCCGUUGAAAAAUCUUCGACGGAGACUAUGAGACGACUCCGUUAUCCGAAUCUGGACGCAAUCAUACCUCUUAUUAAUUAUCAAGAUCUUCAGUACUACGGUACUAUCUUUAUUGGAACUCCACCGCAAAAGUUUAAUGUACUUUUCGAUACUGGUUCCUUUGUACUCUGGAUACCAUCCAAAAACUGCAACGUUAGCCAACUUGCUUGCUUGGAACAUAAUAAAUAUGAUCGUACAAAGUCCACCACAAACGUGGUGCCCGAUGCAGGCCCAACUCCAUUUGCUAUUCCUUACCACAAUGGAAUGUGGCAAGAUGGCAUACUGUACGGAAACUCUUCUUAUGAUGACGUAAGGUUUCAUGAGGAUUGGAAUGCGGUUCCAACACAAGUAUUAGCAGAAGUGUCUAAUUUCUCGACAAGUUUUUGGGACUGGUCACAAUGCGACGGCGUUGUGGGGCUGGGUUAUUCAGACGAGAAUCUCUUCCAAAACAUGAUUGAGCGAGAUCUGGUGGACCAACCAAUUUUUAGCAUCUAUUUAAAUCGAAAUUACCAGAACUCACAUUUGGGCGGUGAAGUGCUAUUGGGUGGCAUUGAUGAACAUUAUUACAUACGCCCGAUUACGUAUGUGGAUGUUACCCGCAAAGAAUACUGGCAAUUCAAAAUGGAUAAGAUUCAAGUAAAAAAUUACACCUCUUGCUCAGAAGGCUGUCAAGCUAUCGUCGACACGGGCGCUCUUAUGAUAGGUGGACCACCGGGGGCUAUCGCAGCUCUCAAGAGAGAGAUUGGUGUGGUUAAUCAUACGGUGAACUGCAAUGAGAUUUCUAAUUUG